AGCAGCUGCGGCUGGAGAUGGAGGUGUUCUGUCGCCUUCUUCACGACCCACCCACCCACCGGACAACCGUCCGACCAAAGCUGCCGAGGCGGAGCAUGUAGGAAAAAUGAAGCAGAACAGAGUUAAGCAAAAGCUUGGGAUCCAGCCUCCUUCCUUUGUCGAUAAAGUAAAUAAAAGGCAGAUGACUGGCUUUGUUCAAGACAGUGAGACUUCAAACAUUUCUUGUGAAGACUGGGGAAACCUACACUAUGAUUUGAUUCUGCACAUCUUCCAGUACUUGCCAUUGGUGGAUCGGGCUUGUGCAUCAUCCGUAUGCAGAACCUGGAAUGAAGCUUUUCACAUGCCUGAGCUAUGGAGACGGUUUGAGUUUGAAUUGAAUCAGCCAGCAACAUCCUAUUUGAAUUCCACUCACCCGGAUCUUAUCCAGCAGAUAAUCAAAAAACAUGCUGAUCAUUUGUAAUAUGUCAGUUUUAAGGUUGACAGUAGCACUGAUGCAGAGGCAGCCUGUGAUAUCCUUUCACAACUGGUCAACUGUUCAGUAAAAACCCUGGGACUGAUCUCCACAGCAAGGCCUAGUUUCAUGAAUUUGUCAAAGUCACGCUUCGUAUCAGCUCUGACGGUGUUUGUCAACUCCAAGUCACUGUCAUCGAUCAAGAUUAAUGAUACACCAAUAGACGAUCCAUCUCUAAAGGUUUUGGUAACUAAUAACAGUGACACCCUGAAACUGUUGAAAAUGAGCAGUUGCCCUUAUGUUUCACCCGCAGGCAUUCUCUGUGUGGCAGACCAGUGCUAUGGCCUCAGAGAGCUGGCGCUAAACUGUUACCUUCUGAGCGAUGAGUUGCUCUUGGCCCUUUCCAGUGAAAAGCAUGUUAAUCUAGAACAACUUUGCAUUGACGUGGUGAGUGAGAAUCCUGGAGAGACACAAUUUCACAGCAUAAAAAAGAGUAGCUGGGAUGCUCUCGUUAAACAUCCAAAAGUCAACAUCGUCAUGUACUUCUUUCUGUACGAAGAAGAGUUUGACCCAUUUUUCCAUGACAAAACCCCAGUCACACACAUCUAUUUUGGCCGUGCGGUCAGUCAGCAGAUGUUGGGUCGGAUUGGAAUGAACUGUCCGAGAUUGAUCGAACUGGUGGUCUGUGCAAAUGGUCGCCAUCCUCUGGAUGAUGAGCUGAUUUGCAUUGCAGAGCGUUGCAAGAACCUAACUGCUAUAGGUCUGGGUGAAUGUGAUGUAUCGUGCAGUGCAUUUGUAGAAUUUGUGAAGCGCUGUGGAGGACGGCUAACCCAGUUAUCCAUCAUGGAGGAAGUGCUGAUACCAGAUCAGAAAUAUAACGUGGAACAAAUCCACUGGGAGGUUUCCAAAUAUCUGGGAAGGGUAUGGUUCCCAGAUAUGAUGCCCACAUAGUAAAGUUGGUGCAUGUUAUCUGAAAUGGACAAUGAGAAACACUUUACUCUGCUUCAUCAGCAAAUAAAGCAUACUUAUAAAUCCAUCUGCAUCCUAAUAAGAAUGAAUAAGCUAAGAGUUGUGAAAGCCAAGAUCUGUUGGAAUGCACUUUGAGUAUGGAUUCUGAACUGACCAUGUUCGUGACUGGUUCCAACUACUUGCAGAUUUUCUCAUUUCAAAACUAAAUUGUUUUUUGUAUUUCCUUCAUUGGCUUUUUGCUCAUGGUCUGAAAUGAUUCUCUUGAAAUGAUCCUCUCACUGCCCCC